GGUUGCCUCCACCGCUGCGGACUGUCGCUCAGCUCCCGGACAGAAACACGAGGCGUGGAAGAGAUGAACAGCGAAAACUUCACCCUCAGUGAGAAGAUCGUGUCGGCCUCCUACGUUCGACAGGGCUCUCAGGCGCGACGCGGCCACGAGCAGCUCAUCAGACACUUGCUGGAGCAGGGCAAGUGUCCGGAGGAGGGAUGGAGCGAGAGCACGGUGGAGCUCUUCCUGAACGAGCUGGCUGUGAUGGACAGCAACAACUUCCUGGGAAACUGUGGAGUGGGGGAGAGGGAAGGCCGGGUGGCGUCCAGCCUUGUGGCGAGACGACAUUACAGGUUGAUCCACGGCAUCGGUCGGUCGGGGGACAUCGCCGCCAUUCAGCCCAAAGCGGCAGGAUCCAGUCUGCUGAACAAGCUGACCAACUCAGUUGUGUUGGACAUCUUAAAGCUCACAGGUGUGCGCAGUGUGGCAAGCUGCUUUGUCGUCCCCAUGGCAACAGGUAUGAGCUUGACCCUGUGCUUCCUGACCCUUCGUCAUCGGAGGCCCAAGGCUCGCUACAUAAUUUGGCCUCGCAUCGACCAGAAGUCCUGUUUCAAAGCCAUGAUCACAGCAGGUUUUGAACCGGUGGUGGUGGAGAACGUUCUUGAAGGCGACGAGUUGCGCACCGACUUGGAAGCAGUUGAGCGGAAGGUCGAGGAGCUUGGCGCCGACAACAUCCUGUGUGUCCAUUCGACAACGUCUUGCUUUGCCCCACGAGUCCCUGACAGGCUGGAGGAGCUGGCCACGAUGUGUGCCAAAUACAACAUCCCCCACAUAGUUAACAAUGCGUAUGGCGUACAGUCGUCCAAAUGCAUGCACCUUAUACAACAGGGGGCUCGUGUUGGGAGAAUCGAUGCCUUUGUACAGAGCUUGGACAAGAACUUCAUGGUACCAGUAGGUGGCGCCAUAAUAGCAGGUUUCGAUGAGUCCUUUGUACAGGAGAUAAGUCAGAUGUACCCAGGUCGAGCGUCGGCCUCGCCCUCCCUUGACGUCCUCAUCACCCUUCUGACUCUGGGAGCCAGCGGCUACAAGAAACUCCUGUCAGAAAGAAAGGUAUCUUUGCCUUACCUGCAUCUGCCCGAGGACGAGACUUUCAGCUUGAACAAGCAGCGAGCUUUGUCGAGGGAAGGUUCUGCUCUAGCGAGAUCAAAUGUAUCCAGAAAGUUUUUCGAAAACAUCCCCUGGUGGCUCCCUGCUUUAAAGCAGAUUUGCUCACAAUGCAGCAAUUCCUCUCUUUAAACAGUAGGCACUGCACCAUUCUCACACCUCCAAACGGCAGGACUGAAAAUGUACUGUUAAACCUUCCUGGACUAUAUCUGUUUCUCUUGAUGCACAGACCUCAGGGGAGACUCAGAAAUAAGAGACUCUUUUGUCGGAAGCACGGGAAAGAGAUUUGUUUUUCUAAAAUGAGUAGGAGACACUACCCGAAGUGCUCAUAUCUAAAAACAACACUCUUCCAGGUUUUGCUAUUUGCCAUUAGCGUAAAAAAUUCACCCCGUAGCAGAAAUAUAUAUCGAGGAAAUUCCUCCAGCCUCUCACAUGACUCUCCGACGCCAUCAAGGCUUAUCGAUUCCCCUCGGUCCACAUGAUGCAUUAUUAAUGCACCAGACCUGUUCUCCAUGUUGUGUAGAGUGAUUUCCUUACAUCCUUCUCAGGGUCAGAAAGCUUUCAAUUAUUCAAACUUUUCGAGAUUUCAUUUACAGCCUCAAGUAACCAUUUUAGAAAAUGUCUAGAUGUUGAAAAGAACCAGCAGAUGUUGUGUUUUUCUUUUUUUUGUCAUCACACACACACACUUAUUGUCUGCAGAGUCGUAGCCAAGCACACACUCACCACCCCCAGCGCCCCCUCUUCUUGGGACCAUAAAGUCGUCCAUUGUUAGUUGAGAACAAGGGACACUUGGAGACACUUGACAUUGUUGAAAGGCUUGUUUUUGUUUAAAUUCAUGACAGAGAAAAUAUUUCUCCUCCCCGAUGCUUUCAAAUUAGGAAAGCAUGAGUCAGCGCACACACACCCGUUGUUGCAGAUGAGCCGGUCCGUUGACGUGCGACGCUUCACUGGGGAACAAACGCAACAAAAACACUGCGAGGUGUUGUUUGUGCCCGGUCUCAUAACAUCUGCGUUGAAAACUCCCACCAUUCUUUUUUCAGCCUUUCAAUCCCACACACACACACACAAACACACACUGCAUUGAUACUCUGAGCCAAACACACUUUGUCAGCGUAUUUUAAAAUGUGUGGAUGCUAAAAUCUUCGGUUAAAAGCAUGUGUUAUCCUCCCCUGCCGCUCUAAUUGAUCCCGGAGGUGGACAUUAGAUGUGAAUGGAUUUCGUGGCCAGAGAUGGAGAGGUAGAUGACAAACUGCUUGUGCUGAAGCUUUGGGGGGGAGGCACUCAGGCAGGCAGGAGAGAGAGAGAGAGAGAAAGGGGGAGGAAGGGACAUAGACGUUUGGGUAGAUCCGCUUGAUUAGCAAAAAACUAAGGCGUCUGCUGCUGCUGCUAAAAUAAGGCGGUGGCAGUGUGGGAAAGAAGCAUUGUGCUGCUAUUUAUAGUUCUGUUGUGUGGCCCUGGCCCGCUUUUGUUCUGUCGCUUCAUGUUUUCUCUGUGUCUGC